GGCUCAGAGAACAUGAAAAAAAGAGGCUUUUAGGAAUUCCUGGUCCUAAUACUCGGGAGAGUGGCCCUCAUAGCAACUGGAAUUAAAGGAGUGUCCCCUGCAUCUCUUUCAUCUGCAGCCCGCUUCUGAGUGGUCCUGCUUCUCAGAAGAUGCACUAUUAUAGAUACUCUAAUGCUGAGGUCAGCUGCUGGUACAAGUACUUCCUCUUCAGUUACAACAUCAUCUUCUGGUUGGCUGGUGUUGCCUUCCUCGGAGCCGGAUUGUGGGCAUGGAGCGAAAAGGGGGUGCUGUCCGACCUCACCAAAGUGACCCGACUGCAUGGAAUUGACCCUGUGGUGCUGGUCCUCAUGGUGGGCGUGGUGAUGUUCACACUGGGGUUUGCUGGCUGCGUGGGGGCCCUGCGGGAGAACAUCUGCCUGCUCAAGUUUUUCUGUGGCGCCAUUGUGCUCAUCUUCUUCCUGGAGCUGGCCGUGGCCGUGCUGGCCUUCUUAUUCCAGGACUGGGUGAGAGACCGGUUCCGGGAGUUCUUUGAGAGCAACAUCAGAUCCUACCGGGAUGACAUUGACCUGCAGAACCUCAUUGACUCCCUUCAGAAAGCCAACUUGUGCUGUGGGGCAUAUGGCCCUGAAGACUGGGACCUCAAUGUCUACUUCAAUUGCAGUGGUGCCAGUUACAGCCGCGAGAAGUGCGGGGUACCCUUCUCCUGCUGUGUACCGGACCCCGCGCAAAAAGUUGUGAACACACAGUGCGGAUAUGAUGUAAGGAAUCAGGUGAAGAGCAAGUGGGAAGAGGUCAUCUUCACAAAAGGCUGCAUCCCAGCGCUGGAGGGCUGGCUCCCGCGGAAUAUCUACAUCGUGGCUGGCGUCUUCAUCGCCAUCUCACUGCUCCAGAUAUUUGGCAUCUUCCUGGCGAGGACCUUAAUCUCGGACAUCGAAGCGGUGAAGGCCGGCCAUCACUUCUGAGGAGCAGAGCGGAGCGAGCGGAGCUGAGCCACACCGUGGAGGCCAGAACCCUUCACUGUCGUCAACUUUACGUCCAGAGGGAGAGAAGUGGAUGCCCCCAGCCAGAGCCAGCACCCCGUCUUCAGCAUCAGCGUGACGUGACCUCUUUAAUCCUGCUGGCUGGUGCUGAAGACUGAGGGCCCCCUCACCUCCAGGAUCUUGUGACCAAGACCCCUGCUGGAGUCCACCCACAGACAGAAUAUGUUUUUAGGUGGGGCGGUGACUGAGGGACAGACGGCUCCUGUGGCUGCGAGUGGGGUUUGACUCAGUCUUCCUGGGACCCAAAUGUGUCUGCAGAGCACCCUGGCCUCCUCAGCACUCAUCAUCGAUGCUGGUCUGGAGAGCAGCCAUUUCUUCUUGAGUGGGACAUGAGAAGGGGACCCGCAGGCGUGGACAAGGCUCCCAGCAGCACAGGGCCACUGCUUGUGUUUGGGGAGGGGAGAGGAACAAGCAGAUCUCUGAGGCUGGGGGGCCUGUGGCGUCUGCAAGAGUCGGGGUGUUUGCCAGAUCCUCAGCCGGAUCCAAGUGAAGUAAGCCUGAGCCAGUGCGUGGAUUGCUGCCGAGGAGUGCCUGGUCUGCUGCCCUCCCGGCGGAGGACUGCUUCUGGUCUCUCAGCAUUAUGCCCCGAGGGCGUGAGGGGGACCGUGGGCCUGGUUCUCCUCAGAGUGGGCUCUCCUUUUCUUAAAGGAUGUAAAUAGUUUAUUUAUAGGGGUAAGAAUGUUCUCACACCAUCUCUCCAUUUCCUCUGGCAUUCUCCUCUAAGCAGCCUUACUCAGUGUCUGGACUGAAGACACCCCUUUCCCUUCCCUUGAGCGUCUUCAGACCAGCCCCCACAGCUUCUCUUCUCAGGCCCUGACGGCCCAGGUGCACUUAUGUGCUUCCCUUCCUCUGCACUCCCGGCGCACACCCAUGCACUGCCCUCCCCAGCUUGGCCUCACUGUCUUCUGGUGUUGGUGCUACUGAAACUGUCACCUGGAACUUGAAUCCUGACUCUCCCCCGACUGUGAGGCCAAGGGGCCCCAGCCAGAGACGGCUAGCUUGAAACCUUUGGCCAAGGCUCCCCUCGAGGCCACAUGCUAAGGGCCACUGGCUGGCCUGGCGUUGCCCAGUGUCCCUGGAGAGAAGCUCUGGCCAGGCCCUUGUGUCGAGCCACAAUCCCCGGCCUGGAGUUGCGGGGAAGCUCGGGACUUUGUUGCUAACUUUGAAGGUGACUCCCCUUCCCCGACCAGGAUAUCUGUGGUCACCGUGUCCACCCCUCCUAUCAGGGCUACUCUGGGAUUGCUCUUGGAAAUGAAGUCUGGCUUCUGUACUGAACCCCUCAGCCCCAGGGAUAGCUGGGCAUCUGGGCAUCUUUGGGCUACUUUCUAACACUUCUCGGGAUCUUGUACCAGUUCUGUCCUCAUUGUUCAGGGAUUGAGAGCUACCUUCACUGACUUGCCGAAGUGUUCAUGCUAGUGUGGUAUAUAUAUGGUAGGUGUUUGUUGAUGGUGUUAUAAUUUUUUUUUUUUUUUUUACACAAUUUUCUCUGUAAACAAGGGGAAGAAGAAUGGUUGUGUUUUUAGGAAGUGUGAUGCUUUUCUUUGACUGCCAAACUCUUUUAUGGAAUAUAUCUUUAUAUUAAUACUGUUG